UCUGCCUGACAAGUUAACACAAGAAACUGAAGGGGAAAACGAAACCCAAAAAAAAGAAGUGAGAAGGAAGCAGAAAGGAAAAGACAAAGUAUUGAUUAAUCUCUGCAUGCUCGGAACCUCUCUCGGAAGAUUAGAAAAGGGGAAAAAAAGAAGAGGAAGAAAGAAAAGAGACACUGCUUAGUAGGGUGGGUUUAGCUAGCCUAAGGUAUAAUGGAACAGAAGAAAGGUGGCAUAUAGAAAUAGAAGUAAAAAAUAAAUAAAAAUAAAGGAGUGAUGAGUUAAUGAAAUAGAAUUUAAGCAUAAAGAAAAAUAAAAUUUGUAAAGCGUAGUGUUUUACAAAGUGUAAAGCCAAAUUCUCGUUGCUACUUUCCGCUGUUUUCGCUUAAAGACAGAAGAGAAGGUUAUAAAAGCAGGGUAUUGGCUUCACGCUCUCAUUAGGUCGGAUUUCAUUGAAACCACUUGCUUUGGUGAUUUUCUUACGGCAUAAAAUGGAAGCUCCUUUUCAGCAGAUGUUUGUAUAACCUUUUCUAGUUUCCUUUUCUUAUAGGAAACAACACAACAAGUCACAAUUUUUGUUGGUUAAGUUAGAGCAGAGAGAGAGUAGUCAAGAUCCAUGUCUGACUCACACCUAACUUUCUGUUCUCUUUCAUCCAUUCUUCCUCCUCUCUUAAUCUUCAUCUUCAUUCUCUUCAAAAGAAAGCAAGCCAGGCCCAAGCUUAAUCUCCCCCCAGGAAACAUGGGCUGGCCCUUUCUUGGGGAGACCAUUGGGUAUUUGAAGCCUUAUUCUGCCACAACAAUAGGGGAAUUCAUGGAGCAACACAUAGCAAGGUAUGGUAAAAUUUACAAGUCGAAAUUGUUUGGGGAGCCAGCAAUAGUGUCAGCAGAUGCAGGAUUGAACAGGUUCAUAUUACAGAACGAAGGGAAAUUGUUCGAGUGUAGCUAUCCAAGAAGCAUUGGUGGAAUACUAGGGAAAUGGUCUAUGUUGGUCUUAGUUGGUGACAUGCAUAGGGACAUGCGGGUUAUAUCUCUCAACUUUCUAAGCCAUGCCAGGCUCAGAACACACCUCUUGAAAGAGGUGGAGAAUCAUACCCUCCUUGUUCUUAACUCUUGGAAGGAUAAUUCCACAUUCUCAGCUCAAGAUGAAGCUAAGAAGUUCACCUUCAAUUUAAUGGCUAAGCAUAUCAUGAGUCUGGAUCCUGGGAAUAUCGAGACAGAGCAUCUAAAGAAAGAGUAUGUCACUUUCAUGAAAGGGGUGGUGUCGGCUCCUUUGAAUUUACCUGGAACUGCAUACCGCAAGGCAUUAAAGUCAAGGUCCACCAUACUGAAGUUCAUAGAGGGGAAAAUGAAAGAAAGAGUGAAAAGAAUCGAAGAGGGGAAUGAAAGUUUGGAGGAAGAUGAUCUUCUGAACUGGGUUUUGAAGCAUUCGAAUCUUUCAACGGAGCAAAUUCUUGACUUGAUUCUCAGCUUGCUCUUUGCUGGACAUGAAACCUCAUCGGUAGCUAUAGCUCUAGCUAUUUACUUCUUGCCGACUUGUCCUCAAGCUAUACAACAGUUAAGGGAAGAACAUACAGAAAUUGCCAGAGCCAAGAAGCAAGCAGGGGAAGUUGAACUGACUUGGGAUGACUACAAACGAAUGGAAUUUACUCAUUGUGUUGUGAACGAGACACUUAGACUGGGAAAUGUUGUGAGGUUCCUUCACAGAAAGGCGCUGAAGGAUGUUCGGUACAAAGGUUAUGACAUUCCAUGUGGGUGGAAAGUCCUUCCGGUGAUUGCAGCCGUGCAUCUGGAUCCUUCACUUUUUGACCAACCUCAACACUUCAAUCCAUGGAGAUGGCAGAACAAUGGUAGCCGUGGAAGUUGCCCAAGCAAGAGCACAGCCACCAAUAACUUCCUACCAUUCGGAGGAGGACCACGAUUAUGUGCGGGAUCAGAGUUAGCCAAGGUUGAAAUGGCUGUUUUCAUCCACCAUCUCAUUCUCAACUACCAUUGGGAAUUGGCUGAUACCGAUCAAGCCUUUGCAUACCCUUUUGUUGAUUUUCCCAAAGGCCUUCCCAUUAGAGUCCAAACCCACUCUUUGAUUUGACCAAAAUCCACCCCCCCAUCCGUUAGCUAGUUCCCCCAUGCCAAUAUAUAAUAACUCCAAGCCUAGCCCAUUACACACUUGGCAUGGCUACAGCUUUCCUUAUUGGAUUUGGAGAUCAAAUCAAAUCAAAAGUUAAAUUAACCGCAUGAAGAAUUUCAUGUUCCUCCAAUCUUCCAAUCUCAUCUCGAUCGAUCGUACAAAUUCAAAGCCUUCCGUCUUUCUCGCGUGCGAAGGGAAGACAAAUGUAAACCAAUUAAGUACAAUUGUACAAACACACAGCCAUUAGGACCACUUCCCUUCUCCCUCUCUAAGGCUGUAGCAGAUUUUUACUGCACCGUACCCCACACCCACUUUGUACAUUUUAUAUAUUCCACCCCAAAGGCCAGGACGAGUGAAUAUUUAUUCUUUUAUAUUAUUACGCUACUGUAAUCUAUCUUUCUUUGCUAUAUAUAAUAAUCCAAUUAUCUUUUGUGUACAA